UUUUUUUCAACUGACCAAAUCCAUCCAACGUUGGCUUUGUUCGGACAUCGUGGAUAAGCCCUUAAGGUUUUGACGAUUCCAGUUUUUUAUUUUUUUUAUUUUUUGACCGAUUUUUGUUUUGUCGUAUCCCCGGACGUGUUUGGAGCUCAGCCCAGAUGUCGCUGGGCAUGAUGGGCAUGUGCAGGGCCGUGGCUCUCUUGGCGAUCCUCGUUGCCUGGAGGGAGAAGGCUUGCGAAGCGCUGGAUCCGAGCUCAGGGGAAGCAGACAAGUCCCCACAGGCAGAGGGCGACUCGUGGGACGUCCUGCACAGAAACAGACGCAGCUGGGUAUGGAACCAGUUCUUCGUGCUGGAGGAGUACACCGGGAAUGAACCGCUCUAUGUCGGAAAGCUUCAUUCGGACGUGGACAAAGGCGAUGGCAAAGUCAAGUACGUGCUCUCGGGGGAAGGAGCCACGUCCAUCUUCACCAUUGAUGAGAACACGGGGGACAUCCACGCCACCAAACGCCUCGACAGGGAAGCUCAGGCCUACUACACUCUGCAGGCCCAAGCUGUGGACCGGAUCACCAAUAUUCCCGUGGAGCCCAAGUCCGAGUUUGUGGUCAAAGUGCAGGACAUCAACGAUAACGAGCCCAAGUUCCUGGACGGACCCUAUUUGGCAGGAGUCCCUGAGAUGUCUCCACUGGGAACCAUGGUGGUGCAAGUGGCAGCCACAGAUGCGGACGACCCCACCUACGGGAACAGCGCCAGGGUGGUCUACAGCAUCAUUCAUGGACAGCCGUACUUCUCUGUGGAGCCCAAGACGGGUGUGAUCAGAACAGCUCUCCCGAAUAUGGACCGUGAGACCAGGGACCAGUACGUGCUGGUGAUCCAGGCCAAAGACAUGGUGGGGCAGAUGGGUGGACUCUCGGGGACCACCUCAGUCACGGUGACGCUAACAGACGUUAACGACAACCCGCCGCGCUUCCCUCACAAAAACUACCAGUACACAGUGGCAGAGUCGUUACCGGUGCAGUCGGUGGUGGCACGGAUCAAAGCAGCAGAUGCAGACAUCGGGUCCAACGCGGAGAUGGACUACAGGAUCAUGGACGGAGACGGGCCGGGACAGUUCAACAUCACCACAGACGAGGACACCCAGGACGGGGUCAUCCUGCUGCUCAGGCCGUUGGACUUUGAAACCAAGAGCAGCUUCUCCCUGCGGAUUGAGGCGACAAACCGCCACAUUGACUCGUCCUUCCUGAGCCUGGGUCCGUUCAGUGACACCACAUCGGUAAAGGUGACCGUGGAGGACGUGAACGAGCCCCCGGUUUUCUCCGCCCCCUUCAGCCGCAUGGUCGUGUCGGAGGAUGCACGGGUUGGAACCUCCAUUGGAAGAGUGUCGGCGCAUGAUCCAGACAACAGCAACAGUGCCAUCAGGUAUUCCAUUGACAGAAACACAGACUUGGAGCGCUUCUUUAACGUGGAUGCCCUCAGUGGAAUCAUCAGCACUGCUAAACCUCUUGACCGGGAGGCCAAUUCUGUGCACAACCUUACCAUCUUUGCCAUCGAGAGUCAGGACCCUACGCAGAUCGGACGCGGUAUUGCUUUGGUCACUGUUCUGGACAUCAAUGACAAUGCUCCGGUUUUUGCCAUAGACUACGAGACGCUCCUGUGUGAGAACUCCAUGCCUGGACAGGUGAUCCAGACCAUUAGUGCGGUGGACAGGGACGAGCCUCUGAGUGGACAUCGCUUCUACUUUUCUUUGGCCGCACCUGUCGCCAGCAACCUCAACUUCACCCUGAGGGACAACAAAGACAACACGGCGUCCAUCUUGACCAAGCGCGGGGGAUUCCGGAGGCGGGAGCAGCCGGUGUACCGUUUGCCCGUGCUGAUCGUGGACAGUGGGACCCCGGCUCUGAGCAGCACCAACACUCUGUCGGUGCGAGUGUGCGAGUGCGAUUCCGACGGGGUGGCACUGUCCUGUGGAGCCAUAGCCUACACCGCCACCGGCCUCAGCACCGGCGCUCUUAUGGCAAUACUGGGCUGCAUCAUCACACUGCUGGUGAUGGUUCUUCUGAUCGUGAUGAUGCGUCGCCGUCGGAAGGAGCCUCUGAUCCUGGACGAGGAGCGUGACAUCCGUGAGAACAUCGUCCGCUACGACGACGAGGGCGGCGGGGAGGAAGACACCGAGGCCUUCGACAUGGUCACCCUACGCAACCUCAACGUCAUGAGAGACCCCAACGUGCGCCGUGACGUCACCCCGGACACGCCCACAUUCUUUCACUACCCGCCCGCCGCCGCCCGUCCCUCCUACAAAACACUCCCGGACAACGUGGUCUUCCGGGAGUUCAUCUGGGACCGCCUUAAGGAUGCCGACGUCGACCCUUCAGCCCCGCCGUACGAUUCCUUGCAGACGUACGCUUUUGAAGGUAGCGGCUCGGUGGCGGAGUCGCUAAGUUCGCUGGAAUCUCUAAGUACAGACUCGGAUCAGAACUAUGACUAUCUUAGCAACUGGGGUCCGCGUUUCAAAAAGCUAGCCGACCUUUACGGCAACAGCGAAGGGGCGAGUAUUUUCUCAUAGCGCCCUUUAGUGGCUUUCUAUAUAUCGACACUCCUCGGACUAAAAGAAAAAAAAAUAAUUUAUUGUUGACGGUAUAUGAUUUGUCUGCCUUAGUGCAUCGGAGGGAAGAUUCAAAGACAAACACAAGAGAUAUUGAAAGGAAAGGACUCAGACUUCAAAGCUUGUGGUUUGUUUACUGCCCCAUAUGGAUUUUUCUAAAGCGUACCAUGGCGAGUUUGACACAGACUUCAAAAGUGGCUUGACUGGGGAGGAAACCUUGUGUGCAAAAGACAUUAAAGGUUCCAGAUUCGGGCUCCGGGCCAACCAUUGACUGCUGAAUGAAUUUGUGUCAGAACUGUUUUCGGGAGGAGGGGGGAAGGGAAGGCACCUGUCCUUGCAUCUCGCUUUUGAUGCGUUUUUUUGCUAUCUUUGUGCUCUGAAAAAAGAACUGAAGUUUGUCAUAAAGUGCUGCGUCUCGCGUGGCUAAUCACUUGACUGUUCGUACGGGCAACAGUUUAUAUGUUAAUGAUUUCUUCUUUAGCAUUUUGCUUUGACGGGAACAGGCUUGGGAAGAGCGUUUUUUGCCAUAAACAUUUCAACACAGAGCCUCGUUACUCAAGGACUACAUUUGAAAAGCGCAACUAAACAUUCAUUUCCCGUCAACGUGCUAAAGACACAAUGAGACAAUAAUAAGUUGCUUAAACAAAGGGAUCACUACUUUCCUUACAAAACAUUUUUCAAAUCUUUAAAUGUGGAGUGUGUCUAUUUUUUACUUUCUAACACCAAGUCAGAAGUAUGAAUUCUGAGCUAUGAAAUGUCAGGACUCACUUGUAAUUCUCUGUACAAGACGGGGUCGAGGUAUGCUUCGCUGAAGGUCAGAACAGCUCAAUUGCCAGAUUAAUGGCAAAUAGACUGUAGAAAAAUAUAAUCAUUUGUUUCUGAAGUGACAGUGCUUAACCGGGUGAAGUGGCAGUUUGUAAGUAAAUGACAUUUGCUUCUAUAGUCGGCACAGAGCAGAAUAUAGUGUCCUUCAGAAAUGAAGCUUACGUUAUGGUAUGUCUAUUGGUGA